AAAACGAAGAAAAUCAGAGGGAGUUGCCCCGCGCCUUUUUCUGAUCUCGCCGGCUCUCUUUUCGCCGUCUCGUCUCGCCGCCGGAUAUCGUACCGUAGUCAUCUCUGUGUUUUGUGAUUCUUUAGAUUGACGCGAAAUCCAAAUUUCAAGUAUGUCUGGAGAGGAGGAAGAAAAUGCGGCGGAGCUUAAAAUUGGGGAUGAGUUCUUGAAAGCCAAGUGUUUAAUGAAUUGUGAAGUUUCUUUGAUCCUUGAGCACAAAUAUGAGCAGCUUCAGCAGAUGUCUGAGGAUCCAAUGAAUCAAGUUUCUCAAGUGUUUGAAAAGUCAUUGCAGUAUGUGAAACGCUUCAGCCGCUAUAAAAAUCCUGAUGCUGUUAGACAAGUACGAGAAAUUCUGAGCAGGUAUCAGUUGGCUGAGUUUGAGCUCUGUGUUCUUGGCAAUCUUUGCCCUGAAACUGUGGAGGAAGCUAUUGCCAUGGUACCAUCCUUGAAGACUAAAGGAAGGGCACAUGAUGAUGAAGCGAUCGAGAAGAUGUUGAACGAUCUUUCGUUGAUCAAAAAGUUUGAGUAGUUAUUUUCUAAGGCGAGGCCAAAUAUGUUUAAAAUCCCUGCUCUUUUUCCUUUUUCCGCUUAAAACAGUGGAGAAUUGUACCUUUCUUCUAUGAUUCUAUCAUUGAUAUUAUGAUUUUAUGGGUAGGUUUGUACUUGUGAUCAAAUCUCCAAUUCGAAUUGCUCUAUAUAUUAAUCCUUUUCAACGUUA